AUGGAACACACGAAUUCGACUUCGGGUAAGAACGACGAAGCGCCAUCUCCGGCGCCACAUUCCCAUCGUCACCACGACAACGACGAUGAUGGACGAAAGCCCGAGUCCAGCGACGGCGACGCCACGUCCCAGAGUGGCCGAAAGAAGCGAGGGCCGUAUCGCUCCAAGGAAGUGAUCGCUGAGGAACGGGCCAAGCUCGAAGCCGCUCGCAACAUGAAACGCAUGAAGCGAAUGAUGGAGAACAAGGCCAAGGAAGAGAAGCGCAGGUUGCGGGAACUCCGACGACAAGCCAAGUCGUCCCAGGAUCCAACCGUCAAGCGGUCGAAGAGCCUUUGGAGUCCAGAAGCAACCCAAGCCUGCGUACACGUAUCCUUGGCCAUUCGUAAGCAAUAUGACUCGAUUCGCGAUGAACGACCCAAGUGGCAACCAUUCUACCUCGACCACCUGCAUCAACACGAUGAACCUGCACUCGCGCUCUGGAAGCCAAAUGAAAUCCGCCGUCAUUUGGACGAACUGUUGUUCCAGUACCAGCACGAGCGCGAUCAUCUACGCGAGUGGCUCGAACCACUGGUGUUCGACGACAUUGUCGAACUCAACGAGCUCGGGCUGACGCCACUGCGUCCCCCAGGGUUGUUGGACGAAGUGGGCUUGGAUCCUACGUCGUUUAUCAUUGACGACGCCAAGAAGUAUGAUCUCAAAGACAUGACGUUGGCAGAAUCUAACCAAGCGAUCAUGUCGUUCCUGGCAGAGCAAAGCCGUCUCGCCCAGCAAAACCAAAUCAUUUUCAUGCAGCAAAUGCAGCAAUUGCAACAACAUCAAGCGCAGCAGUCGGCGGUGUUGCUCUCGGCGCUCGAGUCGCUUGGUGCGUCCCGCAAAGCUGCGUCCAGCCCACAUGCAGCUGAAAAAAUCGACUUGAUCAUCAUGGCAACCCAGGAUCGACAGCGCAACUUUAAGAAAGGGAUCGACGUCGAGGACAUCCGUCGCAGACGAGAAGACACCACAGUUCGAAUCCGCAAGGAGAAGCGCGAUGAACAACUCCAGCAGAAGCGGCGCAUGGCGGGCGGGCAAAUGGAUGUUUCCGCACCAACGGAUGCGGUGGACAACCACUUGCAGCAACGAAUCAACGAGCUGCCCGAAAUGUGCUCGGACCUGCACAGCCCGGACCCCGUCAAGCAGCUGAACGCCGUGACCAAGUUCCGGAAGCUCCUCUCCAUCGAGAAAAACCCGCCGAUCGAAGAAGUGAUCCGUCUUGGCGUCGUGCCCGUGUUUGUCGAGUUCCUCAAGUUCGAAGCGAACCCGCGUCUUCAGUUCGAGGCGGCGUGGUCCCUCACCAACAUCGCAUCCGGCACGUCCCAGCACACGCGUAUCGUCAUUGAGCACGGCGCGGUGCCCGUGUUCACGCAACUCCUGCUCAGCCACGACGAGGACGUCCGAGAGCAAGCGGUGUGGGCGCUCGGCAACAUCGCCGGCGACUCCCCCGAGUGUCGCGACGUCGUGCUGAACUGUGGCGCGCUGCAGCCGCUGACGCAGCAGUUGUCGCAGAACUCCAAGCCCACAAUGCUGCGCAACGCGACAUGGACGCUGAGUAACUUUUGCCGCGGCAAGCCCGCCCCGCCCUACGACCUUGUUCGUCCGGCGCUGUCGACAUUGGCGCAGCUGAUCUUCUCCCAGGACGAAGAGGUGCUCACGGACGCGUGCUGGGCGCUCAGCUACUUGAGCGACGGCGGCAACGAGAAGAUCCAGGCGGUGAUCGAGGCGGGCGUGUGCAAGCGCCUCAUCGAGCUGCUCAUGCACCCGUCGCCGUCGGUCCAGACGCCGGCGCUGCGGGCAGUGGGCAACAUUGUGACUGGCGAUGACAUUCAGACCCAGGUGAUGCUCAACUUGAACGUGCUGUCGUGCUUGACGGCGCUGCUCCACUCGCCCAAGAAGGGCAUCCGCAAAGAAGCCUGCUGGACUGUCUCCAACAUCACGGCGGGCAACGCACAGCAGAUUCAGACGAUUUUUGACCAUGAUAUCUUCCCCGUGCUCAUCGAUUACCUUGGCACGGCGGAUUUUGAUAUCAAGAAGGAAGCGGCAUGGGCCGUGUCGAAUGCUACGUCGGGGUCGGCAGAGCAAAUUCGCUAUCUCGUCCAUCUGGGUAUUUUGUAUUCUAUUCAAGCCAAUAUAUAUAUAUAUAUGUCCGCAACGAGAAUUUGAUUCAUAGGAUGCGUGGGUCCGCUGUGCAGUCUGCUAGAGUUGCCCGAGCCCAAGCUCAUCUCGGUGGCGCUGGAAGGGCUUGAAAAUAUUCUCGCGGCGGGGGAGCGCCAAGGGGAAGCCGACGGCACGCACGUGAAUGCGUUUGUGAGCGUCAUUGAAGACUGCGACGGCGUGACCAAAAUUGAGAACCUGCAGUACCACGAACAGACGGACAUUUACAACAAGGCGCUGGGAUUGAUUGAGCGGUUCUUCCAAGGCGAAGGCGACGACGACGUGGACGGCGCAGGCGUGCAGGACGGCCGCUUCCAGUUUGGCUUUGACCCAACAGCCAACACAACGUUUUCGUUUGGCCCGGCGGCGCAGUAAUCGAUUGAACGGUCGUCGGAUGAGUGAGUGUGACGUGGUUAAACGACAAUGCACUUGAAGAAACAUGUGUGAUGAUGGUUUGAAAGAAUGGUGCAUUUCACACCAAUUUAGGGGGGAGGAAAGCAGUAUGAGUGGCUAAAUCGAACAAAGGUUGCAAUAUGAUUGGCUAAAACAAA